CUUCACAAACACCUGAUGAAGGAACGUCACUCCGAAAGCUACUGCUUCCAAAGAAGCCUGGUGGACUAUAACCUGGUGACCCCGUGACCCUCCCACUCCCUGCCUUCCCAGGAUGUGCAUCAUGGCCUUUCCUGCCGCCAUCUUGGAGUGGCCUUCCAACUCCCGCUAGCGAGUAACCCCCUGGAACGCCAUCAAUACCCUCUAACAGUGCCAAGCGAGCAGUGUUUUCUGGAGCCAAUCAGAGCGCAGAGUGGGAGGAGGACGUUGGUGGGGUGUGGUAUUGCUGAGUGAUGCCCCUCUGAAGGGGACGAGCCAGACAUUGGGCUGUGACUCCAUCAGUUCCUUGUGCCAUCCCCCUUGGGGCCCGCUGUGAGAUACCAAUGAAAAUACCCACCAGAGUGCGUUUCCUGGCUGUGCUGGGGAGUGCCCAACUGUUGGUCAUUCUGUUGGUGUACCGCGAGGGAUCGCGCCAGAGGGUCAGUGCCAUCGUCAGUGCCCUCUGGAAGACAAGAUCAGUGCCCACCACCUCCCAGGCCAACAGCUCUCAGCCCGGAGAUAUCUACGCCAAUCUCAGCCUCACCACCCCCAUCGUGGUGGAUGAAGACCAGCUCCCGUUCUGUCCAUCGGUCUCACCGUACCUCAGUGGUCCAAUCAAUGUCACGUUCCCAAAGGAGCUGUCCUUGGAAGAGGUGAGGAAGAGGAACCCCAUGGUGCUGGCCGGGGGGUGGUACAAACCCCCAGACUGCGAGUCGAACCACAGUACAGCAGUGUUGGUCCCUCACCGACACCGGGAGCAGCAUCUGAAAUACCUUCUGUAUUACCUCCACCCCAUGUUACAGAAACAGCAACUCCAGUACCGCAUCUACAUCAUCCACCAGGCUGGGAACACUACCUUUAACAGAGCAAAGUUAUACAACGUGGGCUUUAAGGAGGCGAUGAAGGACACAGACUGGGAAUGUCUGUACUUUCACGAUGUGGAUCUUAUCCCUGAGGAUGAUCGCAACCUCUACACGUGCGAGAAAAAUCCCAAACACGCCUCUGAAUCUCUGGACAAAUUCGGAUACAAAGUAGUGUUCCCGCAUUACUUUGGAGGAGUUUCGGCGUUUACCCCUGACCAGUUCAUGAAGGUCAACGGCUUCCCCAAUAAUUACUGGGGAUGGGGCGGAGAGGAUGAUGACAUCGCUAAAAGGGUCUGGCUGAACGGGAUGUCGGUAUUCCGGACUGCUCUGCACCUGGCCCGUUACAAGAUGGUGAAACACUCACGUGACAAGGGGAAUGAGGAAAAUCCCAAAAGAUGGAAUCUGCUGACCAAGACAAGGAGCACCUGGAAGCAAACUGGGUUGAAUAACCUCGAUUACAUCCUUCUCUCGAAAGAGUAUCUGCCUCUGUACACCAACAUCACUGUCGACAUCGGCACUGAGAAAGGAGGGCCCCAGCGAGCCACGUGACCCAUCCUCACCCACCCACUCUCCCUCAGGAUUAGGGAUGAACCCCUCCCCCCUUCACUACAGCAGCUGUCACCCUCAGAAACCCCACCCUGGCCAGCUGAGGACCUGAACUUUGCAAAGAUUGACUUUCUGGUUGUGAAU